AUGAUAUUGGAAAGACAUGGUCAAAUUGGCAUUUUUUUAAUUGAAUCUAAUACAAAUCCUUCGCAGUUUACACGAAUUACAAAACAGUUGGGAAUAUUUACAAGCUUAAAAAUUAUCAUUGAUGAUAAUUUAUUACCAUCUGCCAUACAAGAAAGUACCACAAUUCUUGAAUGCAAUGAACCGACAACUGAACAAAAGAUUCCUGGAGUUAACGAUUCAAAAAUUGUAGAAAAUGAACGAAAGAUUCUUGAAAGUACUGAAGUUAAUGAUUCAACACCUGAACAAAAAAUUCCUGAAAGUACCGGAGUUAACGAUUUAAAAAUUGUAGAAAUUGAAAAAAAGAUUGUUGAAAGUACUGAAGUUACUGAUUCGACAAUUGAACAAAAGAUUCCUGAAAGUACUGUGGUUAAAGAUUCAAAAAUUGAAAUUGAACAAAAGAUUGUUGAAAGUACUGAAGUUACUGAUUCGGCAAUUGAACAAAAGAUUCCUGAAAGUACUGGAGUUAAAGAUUCAAAAAUUGAAAUUGAACAAAAGAUUGUUGAAAGUACUGAAGUUACUGACCAAAAGAUUCCUGAAAGUACCAGAACUAUCGAUUCAAAAAUUGUAGAAGUUGAACAAAAGACUGUCGAAA